GGGCAUUUCAGAAGCUCAUUUGGGGAUCUGAUAGCUCAAAAUACGGGAUACGCUCCCCGGGGAUAAAUGCUUAUCCCUGCAGCUUGCUUCACUGAUCGUCCCAAAGAUAUCUAAUUGGACACCACAUUGUUCCACACAAGCCUUAACACACUCCGUCCUCCUGCGCUUCUCGCCAAGGUGGAUAUAUGCUGCUUCCGAAGUUUUCCCACCAAGUGCAGAGUACCCGCUGAUCCCCAGUGGUGGACUACUAGCUGUCCUCAUAUAUGGACGUGACGAGCAUAUACCAUGCCUCAUACAGAGGACAUAGUCUGGUAUUGCAAUCUUAAAUUUCUCAUGACACGAGGCUUACAAUUCAAGAUAUUUAUAUGCUGUCUCUCAACGCCUUCUACUGUUGCCCUGGUUUAUAGCGGGCCGGGGAAUUAUACCAAGUUGCCAAGAACCCCGUGGGGCCGAAGGAUGAAACGAAUGGCUAUGUGCGCAGGCGCUAGGGACAUCAAUGCUGCAGUAGCCUUCGGCUACCCUAUGGGACGCCGAAGAUCCCGAAUUUUUGUACUCCGAGAGCACAUCUCGGUCCCGAUAAUCUGGAUCCGGGAUCCGUUGAGAAUCAUAGCAAGUCUGUUCUCGACAUUGACUCGUCUUCUCGCAUCCAGAAAAACUACAACUUGAAGGGCUCGAAAUCUUCUGAAACAAGAGCAUCAAAC